AUGUCCCGUCAAGACAAAGCCACUACCGAGCGCCAUGCUAAGGUGUUGAGAGAGCUUGUGAAGAGGCCGGAGAACAAAGUCUGUGCAGAUUGCAAACGCAAUGAUCCCAGAUGGGCUUCCUGGAAUAUAGGUGUUUUUGUCUGCAUUCGUUGUUCAGGCAUUCAUCGUAGCAUGGGCACUCACAUUAGCAAAGUGAAAUCUGUCGAUCUUGACGUAUGGACAUCCGAACAGAUGAAAUCUAUCCAAAAGUGGGGUAACACACGAGCGAAUUUGUAUUGGGAAGCCCAUCUCAAGCCUGGACAUAUUCCGCCCGAACAUAAAAUGGAUUCCUUCAUCCGUUCUAAAUACGAGAGUCGGCGAUGGGCGAUGGACGGGCCGCCACCGGAUGAUCCAUCCGUCCUCGAAGGGAAACGUAUGGCAAGUAUAAGCUUAGAACCUUCAAGUUUGACAGUGUCUGAUUGGCAUGUGUGUCGGGCAGCUGGUGGAAAAUGA